AUGUCUCAUACCUCAUAUGCAACACCCAACACCACCCAUCGUGAAUCAUCCAUCACGAACGCUGAUUUCUCUACUGUGGAUGAGAAGAGGAUUAAAAUAUGUUUUGUCAUGAUUGAUGGUAUCGGAGAGGUUAAUUCAAAACAUUUGGAUGGAAAAACGGCAUUGCAAAGUGCCCAUACUCCGAAUAUGGAUUUAUUAGCCAAAACGGGAAUGAACGGUCUCAUGGAUCCUGUUCAACCAGGUUUGGCAUGUGGAUCUGAUACAGCACAUAUGAGUAUUUUCGGUUAUGAACCAAGACUUCACUAUAAAGGAAGAGGAAGUUUUGAGACCAUUGGAGCAGGUUUAGACAUGAAUCCUGGAGAUAUUGCUUUUAAGUCUAAUUUUGCUACUUGGAAUGCACAAACGAACAUUGUUGAGUUGCGAAGAGCAGAUCGACAUUUUGAAGAUAUAGGGCCUAUACUUUGCGAUUACAUUGAAAAAAGAUGCGAAGAAGGAGGAUUCAAUGCCAAGCAUGAUUGUGUUGUCUCUGUCAAAUAUGCCACAGAGCAUCGAUGUGGUGUGAAAGUUUCCGGUAAAAACUUGAGUGGAGAUAUUACAGGAACAGAUCCACUUGUUGACAAUUUGGCACUUGUAAAAUGUGAGCCUGUCAAAGGUCUCAAAGGAAAAGAAUUGGAAAAUGCAAAAAGAACCAGCGACCUAGUGAAUGAUUUGUCCUAUUUUAUUUAUGAACAACUUGUACAGCAUGACAUCAACAAGCAACGAAAAAAAGAAAGAAAGAAUGAAGCCAACAUUGUACUGUUGAGAGGAUGCGGUGUAUGUAUCGACGUUCCACCUUUUUCAGUGAGGCAUCCAGGCUUACGAUCUGUUAUGGUUGCUCCAACUGCUAUUAUUGCUGGCCUUGGCAAGAGUAUUGGAAUGGAUCUUAAAAAGGUAGAAGGAGCCACAGGAGAUUACAGAACUGACCUCAUCAAGAAAGGUUCAGGUUUUUUGAAGUAUUUACUUGGAGAGGACGAGCCAGGAAAUGAAAACAAAUAUAAUUUUGGUUUUUGUCACAUUAAGGCAGUCGAUGAUACUGGCCAUGAUGGAAAUUACAAUCUCAAAAAGGAAUUUAUUGAAAAAUCAGACCUAAUGAUUGGAAUGCUAAUGCAAGAAUUUGAGAAACGAAAACAGAGAGCUGUUUUUAUUGUGACAGGAGAUCACACAACACCCUGCUACUAUUUAGACCACAGUUUUGAGCCAGUUCCAUUGAUAAUAUCGGCUAAUUACUUGAAUUUGGAAAAGCAUCCUGAACUUGCUGACACAGUACAGACCUUUGAUGAAGUGUAUUCCAAAGGAGGGUUGGGCCGAUUUACAGGAAAGCAAGUAUUCGAUAUUAUCAGAGAAUACAUCAAUAUUACAACAAGCCAAGAAGAUUUCUUUAAAUUUUAA